AAGCACUUGUCCGCCAUGGCAAGAUCAAUAGGGAGCGCGGGCCUCCUGCUCCUCUGCGUCCUGCUGCAACUCACCACUGACGUCCUCGCGCAAUUGUCUCUACCGAAUCCCGCCUUUCUUCCUCCAAAUGCGUCCUGGGGCGCUGUACCGUCGUCCGGGGGAUCACCCAAUCCCCAGUGGACCGUCCUGCUCGGUGACGCCCUGUACUUUUACGAGGCGCAGCGGAGCGGGCGAUUGCCGAGCAACAAGCGUGUUCCUUGGAGGAACGACAGUGCCCUGAACGAUGGCAGGGAUGCCGGGCUGGACCUCAGUGGAGGAUACUACGAUGCUGGCAACUACCUCAAGUGUACUUUCCCCUUGUCAUUUACUCUAAUGUCUGCGUGCUGGGGGGCCCUCGACUUUGGGAAAGGCUACGACGUGACAAGCCAGACGGCGUACCUGGACGACAUGCUCAGGUGGGGCCUCGACUGGCUCAUAAAGGCGCACCCUUCUAACAGCACUCUCUUCGUGCAAGUUGCAGAUCCUGACUAUGACGACGCGUAUUGGGGCGGAGACCAGAAUAUCCCGUCUGGCCGGCCGUCGUAUCAAGUAAACGACACAAACCCCGGGACAGAUGUCGCCGCCGCUGCGUCGGCUGCCUUUGCCGCGUGCUCGAUCCUCUACUCCAACUCGUCCUCGUACAACUCCACCAACUCCUCCAUCCCCUUCUCCCGCGCCUCCCUCCAGAACGGCACCUACUCCCAGACCCUCCUCUCCCACGCCCGCGCCCUCUGGGACUUCGCCUCCGAGCACAACUCCACGCUCUACCAGGACUCGGUCCCCGCCGUCAAGGACACCUACCCGUCCUCCGACUACAGAGAUGACUACACGUUCGCCGCGCUCUGGAUGAGCUGGGCGACGGGCGACGCGGUGCUCUACAACCAGACGCUGGACAUGUACAACAACUUCCAGCUCGGCAACCCGGAUAACGGCCUGGACGGCGCGUUCAAUUGGGACGGGAAGGUCCCCGGGAUUCCGGUGCUGGCGACGCAGAUCGGGACGAUGAUGCAGGAGCAGUGGCAGGGGUAUUACGAUCUCGGGGCUUGGCAGAGCCAGGCGGAGACGUAUCUGGAUGGUGUUGUGAACGGAGAGGGACGAGCGAAGACUACGGGUGGUGGACUGCUAUAUUACGACGGCGACUCUGACGAAGCGAGCCUCAACCCGGCCCUGAAUGCUGCUAUGCUCAUGACGAGAUACGCCCCGAUGGCUUCGUCGCAGCAAAAGAAGUGGGCGUACCAGACCUACGCAAACAGCCAGCUCGACUACGCGCUCGGCAACAACCCAAUGAAAGCACCCUACGUCGUCGGCGUCAACCCCAACUCCCCGCAGAACCCGCACUCGGCGCUCGCCAGCGGCGGCAACGACAUCUCGCACAUCGACACCGUCCCCGAGCAAGAAGCCUACGUGCUCUACGGCGCCGUCGUCGGCGGGCCCGACAAGCACGACAAGUUCUGGGACAUCCGGAGCGACUGGCCGGAGACGGAGGUCGCGCUGGACUACAACGCGCCGCUGCUCGCCCUCGCCGCCGCGCACGCCAUGAACGACACGAGCGACCCGUACUACACAAAUCUGCAGGCCGGCGCGUACUCCAAGCCAAAGUACCACCCUUGCGACGCUGCGUUCGAUUGCGGGUCGAAAUUGUCCACGGGAGCCAAGAUCGCCAUGGGCGUGUGCCUCAGUGUCGCCGGCCUGAUUGUCUUUGGCCUGACGGCGUACUGGCUCUAUCUCAACUUCGGGAACAAGUUCCCCUCAUACGACGGGGUGAACCGCGCAUAG